AUGGCUUCGUUAUCUUACCUAUUUUACUUGACUUCUUUGUUUUUUCUAGGAAUACUUCAGCCUUCUCACAGUCGUCUUAGCUACAAUUUUUUCUACGAUUUUUGGAGCAAAUAUUCAUUCACUUUACCUUUCAAGAUGACUGAAAAAACACCUAAGGAUUGGGUCGACGGUCUCGUCAGAAAACACAAAGUCGUAGUCUUUUCAAAAUCAUACUGCCCAUACUGCACUAGGGCUAAAGAUGCUCUAAAGAAACUCAACCUUGAAGAUUUGCACGUUGAAGAGUUGGAUUCUAACAGUAAAAUGGAUGAAGUUCAAGACUACUUGAAUAAACUCACAGGUGCCAGAAGUGUUCCUCGCGUUUUUGUUAACGGACAGUUUUACGGAGAUUCCACAAAAACCGUUUCUGAUGUUGAAAGCGGGAAGUUUAUGGAAUAUUACAAGAAAUCCGAUUUAUAG